AUGUGGUCCGUGCUCAGAUGCUCAGGCCUUUUACUCGGCCUUUUGGUCGACAAUAUACCGCCACCAUCACCACCACCAUCACCGCCACCAUCACCGCCACCAUCACUGCCAGCAUCACUGCCAGCACUGAUUGCGCUCCUACCCUCCCUUCCAACAACUGCAUCGCACAAUUUGAUUCCAAUGCUUCCUCCUACGCUCAACCCCGGUUCUUCUCCUGCCUCUCCCGUCGUGUCCACUCCGCCACAUGACGCGCCGUCUUUGCCGAGCCUGCCAGGCUUGCCCGCAUCACCACAAAAGAAGCUCCUUUAUGAUACACUCAAGAAGCCAUUCGAUGAUCAGGAUUUCAGCGUCAUAAUUUGGAUUCAGAUGCUCAAAGCAGCAGCCCUGCCCAAUACUGAUCGCCAGAUACGUCUAUAUACACUCAAGUGCUUUCUCGAUCACGCAUACUUUGAUCGGCUCAUCAAUGAGCUCAAAUCCAUAGCCGAUCGGCUUCCGGAAAAGUUUGUCCAUAGCUUCUUGCACGUUUCCGGCUCCGGAGCCGAUCCCUCUGCAAGUCUCAGAGAUCGGUUCGACGCCAAAACUCUCUUGACACGCAUCGAGAAAUGCGCCUUCUUUCAACCUACCUUCGACCCUGUCGACCGCCUUGCACAUGUCUUGCAGUAUGCUUUCAUCCCAGGUCCCCUUCGUAUGCCCAGCCCUCCGGCCCGUGCGCCUCUCUACGACUUUACCUCCACCUUCAACGGUCAAGCUCUCGAAAGACUUGUCGACUACAUCAAGGUACACAACCAGCUCUUUCCCCCUUCCUCAUCAUCUCCGCCUCCCGUGCAUGUCGCCCGUCUUGAGAACUCUCCCCCUUUAGCCGACCACACUCACCACCAACAGCAUCAGUCCGUGCCCGAGCAGACUCGCAAGCAUCAUUGGUCCCUGCCCGAGCAAACUCGCAAGUACUAUGCCAAGGUGCUCCCCAUAAUCCAGUCCUCAGGCUUUGGCAAAACCAGGCUCUGCGUCCAACUCAGCACCGUCAGUCCCGGUAUGCUCGUUUGUCUCAGAGAAAGCUCUCUCCUCACACAAAACUAUGCUGUCUCGGAGCCCCCGCAGGACAAGCCAGUCUAUGACUACUUUCAACGCAUCAAGCGACUCCUCCCUGGGUCAUUAGAAACCAAGGAUCAGCCCCAUCCCACGCCCAAAGGCGACCAAGAACACAUGAGGUUCAACCAAGCACACCUCUCCAUCCUCGCUUGGCUUUCCGUCUACUGCCAGACUACAGCCUAUUACCUGAUCCAGCUCCAACAUGCCUCUGGUUGCUUUGACCCGCCUGCUCACCACCAAGAUCCUGCCGCGUGCUGGCGUGCCGUCGUCUUCUACUAUGCCCGAACUACCGGCUUGAAAGAGGGCUCGCUCUUCGAGACUCCCUCUAACAUCUGCCACCAGAGCCGCCUCCCACAUGUCUGUUCCACAGACAUACCUCCUAGCACCGACAAUCCGCUCACUCAUGUCCACCCCGCCAACCAAGCCGCCGAUCCUCCGCCUAGCCUUUUGGCAACCCCGCGAGUUCGUGAAAAGAUCCUUGAUUACAUCUGUGAAACGGCCACCACUCUCGCGUCAACCAUGAAGGGACAGUACUCUUGCCAAUUGUCUGAUCAUGAGUUGCUCACCCAUGCCAUUCGAGAUCAUCUCAAGCCUCGCCUCCAAUUAGUGGAGCAUCUCCUUCGCAACGCUGACCCUAACUCGUUCUUUUUCCUCGCAUUGGACGAAUGCAGUAGCAUGGAUACAUUGCUGCCAUACAUACGUCGAGUGUGGUUCCAUGCCAUGCCAGAGACCACGUGGAUCCUCCUCAUCGACACUAACUCGGAUCUGGCACCGCUCGCCGGCAAGGAAGCUCGUCAAGGCUCGCGACGCAUGUCAGAAUUCGACACGCAUUGUCUCACCCAGGCGUUUUCGGCGAUGCCUCUCGACCUCAACUUGACUAGUCAACAUCUUCGCACGCUCUCCCCCUCGGGUACCUGCCAACUGACCAUGCGAGAUCUCGACGCAUUCCUUCCUCGCUUCGGACGACCGCUGUGGAUGGACUCACGCUAUCACAGCGACGGGUUCAUCAUGCCCACGACCAUCUUCAGGAAACUAGUCUUGCCGAGCGAGUGGACGUGGCCGGAGGUAUUGCAAGACAUCCAGCCCGAUCCGCUCAACGAAACCAAUCAGAAUCUGAUCGCGCUUGCCUCCCGACGCCUUCACCUCGACCUGUCGAGCAAAGCUGGCCCGCAGCAUUGGUACCACUUUGUCUCUCGCCAGAUUGCUCACCACCUGCGCUUCGUCGGUCGAAUCUAUUCCACCUCGGACUCGAUCAAGUCGGGUACACCUAGUGAAGCACCUCUUAGCCUUGCCGUUGCUUGGAGCGUUCGAUCCAAGCCCGAACUUGUAGCUGUCAAGUGGUCCAUGAUGGUGCAGGCUAUUAUCCAUGCCAGUGCACCCGUUGGUCUCAACGUGGGCGCUCAAGGCGAGCUCGGCGUCGCUCUCCUAUCCACCAUGGCCAUCGACCUGGCUAUGAGCCAGAGGUACUCAAAUCACCUGCGUUACUACAUUUCCUCAUGGCCUGUUCCCUCGGCCGAAGCCAAGUAUGCCGCGCUCUACGGCCUGGUCAGUGUCCACGACUGGCUUUGCACUCUUACCGGCUCCAAGUAUGUAGAGUGUGCACCAGCAGUCAGCGGGUCCAGCAGCGGCUACCCUGGAAGUGAGGAUGGCGACCAAGUCAUGGCGGAUCAAGACCAAGCCGAUCAAGGCUUGCCGUCGCAACUGGCUUCGUGGGCCCGACGCGCAUGGCUCAACUUUACGCAUUCCGCCGUUCUGCCCAAUCAGAUACCGCAUAACCGUCGCAUUGGGACAGAUUUGCUUUUCGAGCUCUGGAUCCGUCACGCCACAGCGCAAGGCGUUAGCAAUCAAGUUGGAUGGGAUUUGCUCAUACCCGUUUAUGAGUCUCACAGCGACCAGCCUCCGAACGGCGCUGACAAGUUUGACGAGACCAAGUUGUCGUACAUUGCUAUCCAAGUAAAGAACUGCAUCAACCGACCUACCCGAGAGGUCAAAGAGGCGGCAGUAGGGCCCCGUCUUGCUGUCAACCAAGAGAAGCAGUGCCUCGAGCUCUUCUUUGAUCUCAAGGGCCCAGAAUCUUGCCGCGGUCACGAGUACUCGCAGCGACGUCAUCCAACCCGAGCAUCCAACAAGCAGCGGGCGCCCAAGAUGAAAGAGCAAGAGGAAGAAGAUGCAAAGAGUCGUCUUCUGCUGCGACAUCACGUGUUCAUAAGUGGUCUCACACCUGAAGGCUUACCAUUGCUGAAGCAGCUCCAGGGCCCCGCCGCUAAGCAGGUGAGCUUGCUAUUUGGCGAUGCAGAUUCGCUUGACACGGUCGAGUUCGACGAGACGCAUGCCAACUACGUCCGCCGCUUACCAUCGGAAGAGCAUCGCAGAACUUGGGAUGAAGCACAGACGUGCGUGGAAAACAGACUGAUGUUCUUUCGUCAUCUUUGUUGA